AUGUCACAACUCCAAUACACACUGCAGCAAGCUGCGCAUAAAAAUACUCACUUGCUCGCGGAGCUGCGGCAAACUGAUCACGCUCCGUCCUCGCUCAAACAGAAUUCGGCCUAUAUAUCUGACCUCCAAUCUCAAAUUGCUACGACAGCCAAAGAGCUGCGGAGGUUGCAUACUAUAACGGAGGACGAACGAAAGGAUCACCUCAAAUACCGAGACAGCAGCUUCAAACGCUACCUCCACAAGGCGGGCGGCUCCAAAGGCCAAGAAAAGUUCACGUCCCGUCAGGAAAAGGAGGAAAAGGAGUUCCUCGAAGCCUGGCAAGCUGAACGUUCUGCCAGAGAGACCCAUGACGAGCUGGCUUCUGCGCUGCAACAAGCAGAAAGGGACAAAUCCAAUCUCGAAAACGCCACUAAACGCCACGACGCGGCGCAGAUCGAACUCGAUCAACUCUACCACUCCAUCUUCAGCGGUCCCACGCCCGACUUUCCUGGUGAAGAUGAUCUCGAACGUGCCGUGAGCGACUCCAAAGAAUCUUUCGAUAUUGCCAAUCGCCAAGCGACCACAGAUAAACUUGUGCUCGACAUCCUGGGCAAAGCCGAUUCUGCUCUCAAACAAGCUGGCAUGUCCAUGCAAGAUGCCCUGAGACGUUCGCAGAGGGAUAUGUUUCUGGGAGGUGGGAGUUUCACGGAUAUGAUGGAACGAGAUGCGUUGGCGCAGGCUCAGAAUUGGAUUCAUCAGACAUUGAGACAUAUGGGUGAGGCGAGGAGGAUGCAGCCACAAGUUCGAGAGUUGAAAGAUAUCAGUAUCGAUCAUGGUCACUUCUUCAGUGAUGUGCUGUUCGAUAAUAUCUUCACAGAUAUGGCACAACAUGAUCGCAUCCGAUCUAGCGAUGCUCAACUGGGUGCUGCAUAUCAGGACUUGCAGGGCCAGAUCCGGGAGCAGAAAAAUCGGUGUCUGACUGCAAAUCAGAACCUGAAACAGGCGGGUAAUGAUCUAGAAGCUGCGAGGAUAGAGUUGCAGAGAGUGAGAGGUGAGGCUUUUGAACGACUUGCAAGCGGAACUGCUACUGCACAGGAACCGCCGCCGCCACAGUACACUGCUUAG